AUGAAUAUACGAGUGGUAACGAAUGAUGUGCCCAAAAUAGCGUAUAAGGAUAAUGGUAUUAUUGCUGUAGAAACACCUGCCAACGUGGAAUCCCUAAAGACAUUCAUAAGGGAUGAAUGUACUCAGUUGUUUAACAUAACUACUAAUUUCGUGCAUAAACUGUUCAAUUUGGCUGAAGUUGUAGAUGGGUGUAUUGGGGAAGAUAAUGGGAAUCUGCCUUUUGAGUCAAUUUUGCAAGCUAUUGCUGACCAGCUGGAUUAUGCCUUUAGUAAAACAAAGCAGAUUAUCUCCACAGAAAGUGGCACUGGCGAUUUAUCACUGGCACUUAAUGACGUAUGGUACAAUUUUUUUAUGCCCCUGAAAUGUAUAUUGCAAAAACUAGUAUACUUGGAUAUAUGGUUAAGUAAGCAAUCGCGGAAGCAGCCACUAACUGAAAACAUCGUUAAAUUGUGUAAGGAAAGGAAGAAGAACUAUGCUGAGAUAUAUCCAAAAAUUGAGGAAAUAAUACUGAUUCAACUGAAUAUCUGUAGAGCAGAUAAUAUUCACAGCUGUGAAAGAGUUGUGCAUUUAAUCAAGUUUUUAGAGUUUUCAGGGAAUUUGUACAGGCAUACAGUAGAAUAUUAUUCGAAUUUUGGUACAAUUUGGAUUCAAGAAAUGGAUUUUAGCCAAUAUAUCCACUAUGUUCACACAAGAUAUUGCAAUGAAUAUAAAUUGUUGAGAAACUUUUUAGAUAAGAAAGAUGUUAACACAAUUCUGGAUGGUGUUUUUUGCGUGUUAAUUGCUGACAAACGCGAACGUUUGAUAAAUCAAGGAAACAUUAAUGAAAUACUCACCACAAAAAAUUAUAACCUUUUACACUUUGUCAAGACAAUGUUCAGCAGAGUCAAGUGCGAGAAUUUCUAUAUAAAAAUACUGGUUCAAUCGUUGGUGAAAAUUGGUCUAGACUUGAUACUAUAUGAGACAAGUGGCAUUGACCAUACAUUGAUUAACCGAUUGAUGUCUUUCAAUGUAUUUAUGGUGGGAUUGAAGAAUUAUGGUUUUACUUCUGAUUAUCAGUUUGAAGAUAAGCUAAAGAAAGUAUGGAAGAACAUUUUGGGAAAUAUAAAUGCGCUAAGAAUUGUAUUGUGCGGGCUGUCAUUAUUUUUUGAUCACUUAUUGACAUUCCAUCAAUUUUUCACCUCUGAAGAAUUUGUAUUUUCUAUUGAUUUACUUAAGUAUAUAAAGUGUAGGGAUGAUUUUGAAAAACUGCUUAGGCAUGUCAUUGGCAACAAAUUGAUUUACAUUCAUAAUUUGAACGACAAUUAUAAGACACUAGUAAACAAGCUUAGAUCUGAAUUUGGAUUGAGUUUCACCCAUCAAAUAAUGAUGCUACUCAGAGAUUUCAACCAGUCUGAACGGCUGAACCAGGAAUUUAUUAAGUUAACCAAUCAAAAAUAUUUAACUCAUGAAACACUAGUCAUAUCACAUUUGGUGUGGUUUAAAAACAAAGUUUGUGAUACACUGCAAUUGUCUUUUGACCAGUCAGUUGAUAAUUUCCACAAUUCACCAGUUAUUGAGUAUGAACAAGCAUUUACACAUUUCUACCAGGACAAGUUUAAAAAACGAAAAUUAUAUUACCUUCCAGAAUAUUAUAUAAUCCACCUAUCCUCAACCUUUAUGAAGAAGGAAAUUACGUUCCAAUUAUCGCUGGUACAAUCCACACUACUUUUAAUGUUUAACACCAAAAAAACAGUUUUGCUUGAAGAUCUAAUAGCGGAACUGUUGAAAAGUUGGUCUUUCAGCUUUACUAGUAAUUUGGAAUCGUUAGCAAAAAUCCAUGUUGAAAAUUUAGUUACAAUGGUCCCUCCGUUAAUAUUCUCCACAAAAGAGGGAUUCGUACUAAAUCAGGAUUAUUACUCGGUAUAUGAAACUGUCGAAGUGUAUAAACCAGAGGCGAUAAAGGUCAACUAUGCCAUCAAUAUUAUAAAUGACGACUCUGUAGUAUUAGAUAGGGAUACGGCCUGCAGAAUAGAUUAUUUGUUGGUAAAAUGCAUAAAGGCAAACACAAGUUGCCGAUUUGAAGAUAUAUACAAAUUUGUGCUGGAUAAUAUGGAAAUAGACACCAGUGCUGAGGUGGUAAGGAAGCAACUAGAUGGGCUAGUCGAGAGGAAAUUUAUAAAAUUAGAGUCAAACUCAAAUGUCUAUGUUUAUAUACCAUAG